CAAACUACAAAUCUGAACCUUCCUCCUGAAGAUCUUGAUUCGUCUGGUGAUGAUGACGAUGCGUUCUCAGGUUCAGGUGCAGGUCCCCUGACCGACCAGUCUCACACCUGGAGAAUCCCAGGAGAACCGACUAAUUCCUCAUUACUGGCAACACCAAUGGAUUUCAAGGAACAACCAUUUCCUGGGACUGAGAGCCGAACUGAAAAGGAAGUAAUAUCUCCUUCUGCAACUAGCACUGUAGUGACAGAGGAGCCAGUUGUAGCUGUGAAGGACGAAGUACCCAUCCUGGGCUCACCUGAUGAGAAACCGACAAAUGAUGUGGAUACAACAACAGUGAGAAGCCCCACUACUCACUUUCCUUCAGUGGUUCAUGUAACUCCUUCAGAACCCUCAAGCACGGUCCACGAGCUUGAACCUAAAAUCCCUAGCUCUGAUGUGCCAGACACUAAAGAUGUGCCUGAGCUCCACUCUACCAUCCAUCAUGAGGGAGACGUCACUGCCACCCCCACAACAACAGCUCCGAAAGACGUUGUUCCUACACAUGAGGAGGUUUCUGAAGAUGGCUCUGGAGACCCGGGAGACUUCAUCUUGACUACAGAUGAGGAUUUGGUCCCCACCCAGAACUCAGAAGUACUGGCUGACUCUGGAAGGAAUGCCAAAGCAGCAGGAGCCGCAGGAAUUAUGGACAGAAAAGAAGUUCUUGGAGGUGUUAUUGCUGGAGGACUAGUAGGCUUGGUGUUUGCGGUGUUUCUAGUUGCGUUUAUGCUGUACAGAAUGAAGAAAAAAGACGAAGGCAGCUAUUCACUGGAUGAACCAAAACAGUCUAAUGGAGGAUACCAAAAACCACACAAACAAGAGGAAUUCUAUGCAUAAACACUGAUCUUCAGGACACUUCUUAUUCCAUCUUUCUUGGACUCUUCUCUCCCUGCACGUGGACCUCCUAGUGUGCUUUGCAUUAAACUUAAGCCAUAUGAUCAUUGGGUUAAUUGCCCUUAACACUUUGCCAUUGGAAAUUUUGUAACUACAAAGUAGAUCUGGAUUCACUGAACACUCCCUGCUUUCUUGCACAACUUUUUUUAUUUUAUUUUUUUUAAACAGAAGUGGGACUGCAAGUUCCUAAACUCACUUUGGUUUAUCUAAAGACUGCUGGGGCAGGCGGUGGGGAGAAGAUAAGGGAGCACUGUAUGUAUAAACCUCUGGAUAUUUAGGGGAAGGGCUAGCAAGAAUAAACAAUUAUCAGUGCUCAAAUGCUGUAUAGCAGGGAUUCUUCUUACUUAACUCAUAGAUGUGUUUUAAGUGUAACAAAUGGCUGCGCUGUGCAGACGUUUGGUACACUGCAAUCCUCUAGCUCUUACUAACUGCCAUAUUUGGAGCACUUAAUGCUUACGGAACAUCAAGCUGAGCAUGAUUUCUA